ACGAUGAAGAUUCUCGUAAUGUUAUCGAUCGUUUGGCUGAAUUUGUCGCUAAGAAUGGUAUGGAAUUUGAGGAACGUACACGUGCGAAACAGUACGGUGAUCCACGUUUUGGCUUCUUGUUCGGUGGCGAAUUUGCCGAUUACUAUCGAUUUCGUGUGCUUCAGGAAAUCCAGAAAUGUAGGUCAUUCUUAUUGUUAUUCUUAA